AUGGUGCCCCUCCUCCCUGGUGAAUUUGAUCGAGCGGACGGUCUCUACUCCCCUCCGUGCGAGCGGGUGAACGGGCCCAUCGUCCUCAGUGCCGCGCCGGCGGGCAUCGUCGUCGCCGGCAUGCUCCGGGAGCAGGGCGUGCCCUUUGUCGGCUUGCGCGAUGGCAACUGCAUCGCCUCCCUCUGGCAGAGGCGCGUUUACGACCGCCUCCGACUGCACCUCCCCAAGCGGUUCUGCCACCGCCGCCAGCUUACCGAGCACCUCGACAUCGAGCAGGAGCUCCGCGGCGGGAGAUCGGCGGCACCGUGCAGGCGGGCCUCUGGCCCGUGCCCCUCGCCGUGGCCAGCUCCUCGGGGGCCGGCCGGUCGCUCGUCGUCGCGGCCGCCGCGUGCCGGACGUCCCUGGUCAGGCAAGCUGCGGGGACGCGGUGACCGAGAUCCACGCCAGCGAGCGCCGGCCCGGCGAUCGAGCCGCCCGGGGUAA